GCUGUAUUCGCUCACGGUCAGAUUGCGUACUAGCGUCCUAAAUAGUGUGGGGAAUCCAGUUACACCGCAUUAAGUACCCAUAGACUCUAUGGUGGCGAUUGCGUCCUAUUUUACAUACUAAUUAGUAGGCUAGUAUGUUAGUAUGUAGCGCGCGCGCCACACACAGCAUCCGAAGCAUCAGUGAAGCAGCGGUGAGGAUGAGCAUGAUGCUAACAGAUGUCGAACAUCUUAGCAACAGAAUGCGUUUUUAGCAAGAUUUAGUAUGACAACCUGCUUAAAAUACACGUUUGAUCCUGAAUUUCAUCUCCUGCCUGGAAUCUGUGGUUAAACUCACGACGAUGCUGUGCUCGAAGCUUCGGUUCGUGCUGAUCCUCUGCAUCCUUUUGGCUGGAGCUCAGGGAGACAGUGAAGAUUUUGACCCCUACAAGAUCCUGGGAGUCACCAAGAGUGCAAGUCAGGCCGAAGUCAAGAAGGUCUACAAACGCCUCGCUAAAGAAUGGCAUCCAGACAAAAACAAGAGCCCAGAAGCAGAAGACAUGUUCAUUAAGAUUACCAAAUCCUAUGAGAUUUUAUCUAAUGAAGAAAAAAGAGCCAAUUACGAUCGAUACAAGCAGACCAACUCCCAGCCUUAUGGGCCUCAUGGCUUCCGUCACUUCCACAACAACUUUUACUUCGACGAGUCCUUCUUCAACUUCCCCUUUAACAGCAAGGGCAGCCGUGAUUCUACCGAUAGCAAGUACACGCUGCACUACAACCAGUAUGUCAACGAAGUCGUACCUGACAGCUUCAGAAGACCGUAUCUGAUCAAGAUCACCUCAGACUGGUGCUUCAGCUGCGUCCAAAUGGAUCCCGUGUGGUGGGAGGCGGUGCAUGAGCUCGAGCCUCUCGGUGUAGGAAUAGGCGUGGUCGACGUCGGCUAUGAGAGACGCCUGGCGAAUCAUCUGGGCGCUCACCGAACUCCGUCUAUACUCGGCGUCAUCAACGGAAAAGUGGCUUUCUUUAACUACGCUCUGGCCAAGGAGCACCUCAUGCAGUUUGUAGAGGACCUGCUCCCUCAGAGACUGGUGGAGAAAGUCACUGACCGGAAUGACCGCGACUUCCUAAAGAGCUGGUAUGAUGUUAACAAGCCCCACAUUCUGCUUUUUGACCAAGUGCCUGCGGUUCCUCUGCUGUAUAAGCUGACUGCGUUUGCCUAUAAGGACUAUGUCCAGUUUGGUUACGUGGACCAGGGUCUGUCUGAGACGGCCAACUUACUCAAGCAGUACAACAUCAACACUUACGCUCCAACUAUGCUGGUCUUCAAGGAGAACACGGAUAAACCGGCCGACAUUAUCCAGGCUAAAGGGAUGAAAAAACAAAUAAUCGACGAAUUCAUCUCCAACAACAAAUUUCUUCUUGCCCCUCGUCUUGUGAAUCAGAAGGUCUUUAACGAGCUUUGCCCCAUCAAGCAGUUCCACCGGCGCAGAAAGUACUGUGUUCUUCUCAUCACUGGGGAGGAGGAAGUCUUCGCCCCAGGAAACAAAGCUUUCUUGUCUUUGGCCUCGGCGAACACUGAGGAGGUUGUCCGCUUCGCGUAUGUGUACCAACGCCAGCAGCAGCCUCUGUGUGCUGCGCUGCUGAAGAACAGAGACACUCCACCACAAGUGGUGAUCCUAGAGCGGCGUAACGGGGCCGGUAAAGUUCUCUACAAGCCCUUCCAGGGUGGCUGGAACGGCAGUGAGGAGGACAAACACAGGCUGCUGGAGGAGCUGGAGCGGCUGCGGAAAGACCCCUCCAUUCUUACCCACGAUGCCUUUCUGCCUGAACUCAAUAAUGAGUUCGCCUCAAUGUUUUUAAUCAGGUGGAUUUAUUCAGCGUUCGACUAUUUGUCUGAAAUUAUCGACGAUGUUCUCCACAAUAAUUGGCGUGAAAUGAUGCCUCUGCUGUCUCUGAUAUUCUCGGCACUGUUCAUCCUGUUCGGCACAGUGAUCAUCCAGGCUUUCAGCGAUUCUGGUGAGGAGAAACCGAUAAAACCAAAAGCAAAAGAAGCAGCAAACACCCAGAAUGGCUCACCAAGCACUGCCAACACUUCCAGCCGCCCACCAAAGAAGAACUUCGUGGAGGUGACCGAGUUAACGGACAUCACUUACAUCAGUAAUUUAGUGAAGCUGAGACCAGGCCACAUCAACGUGGUGCUGGUGCUUACAGACGCAACCAAAAACGUUCUGCUCAGCAAGUUUGCCAAAGAGGUUUACUCCUUCACUGGGAGCCAGACGCUGCAUUUUUCCUUCCUGAAUGUGGACAAGCACAACGAGUGGAUGUCCACCCUGCUGGAAUACGCACAAGACGCCAUGCAGCUGGAGGCAGACGAGGAGGAAGAGGCCAGCAACCGCAAGACGGACUACACGGGAUACGUGCUGGCUCUCAACGGUCAUAAGAAGUACCUGUGUCUGUUCAAGCCAGUGUACACGGGCGAGGACGCUAACAGCAGGCCAGAGGAGGAGGCAGGGAGCUCCAGAUCCAGGUCAAGCUCCAGAGAUGAACACCAGCAUAGGAAAGGAGGGGCACGCUCGCGCUCCACCACUCUCCACAUCCACCACAAACUGGACCGCCUGGGCCUGUGGAUGGAGCGGCUGAUGGAGGGAACCCUACCUCGCUACUACAUCCCAGCCUGGCCAGGCCUGGACAAGAUCACGGUCAAUAAGUAGAGCUGGGAAUCGUUGCACGUGUCGAACAGAGACAGCGUUGGUUCUUUUGGGAACAGUUUCACGUUGCUCCAAUUGUGGUGUGACUCUGGGUGGCGCUGUAGGUAGACUUCAUGACCUCAGAGCUCAGACUUUAACCUUACACAGAUGCUGUAAAUGACCCGAGUCUAACAGUAGCUCCAUUAAACCAUGAUGCUGCACCAUAACUACAGAAUGCUGCGCUGGCUCCAUUAAUACAUGACCAAAAUGAUGCAACACCAGGAAAAGUCCUCUCUGAACAAAUCCUGAGUUAAAACAGCUGUCAUCGAUGCUAGAGGUUUCCUGUAUUACCCACAAUGCCGCUGGACUACCUGCUUAUAACGGUUCAUGAAAUGCUUAAACACUAGUAGUGAACAUCGCUGGAACGUGUCGAUUGGGAAAAUAAGCUCUUGUCGAUUUAUUUAUUUAUUUCAGAACUAACAGUGUUACGUUAUCCCUUAUGUUUUGGGAUCGUUAAAAGUGGAGUCUAGAAUAAAACACUGUUGUAACUGCUACGCCAGCAAUAACAGUGUCUUUCUGUGACUUCAGCGCAGAACCCAAAUCAUACAUAUUGUGUUUCAGGGUGGAGAUUUCCUUAAGAUGUGAACUGAAAGCUUUCUGUAGUCGGCAAAUGCCUUUAACACACACACACACACACACACACACACACCUUUGGGGCGAAGCCGUGGAUUUCAGUAGCUAUAAGGCUUUACCUGAUCCUCCGCACACUACAGUCACUUUCACCUGGUAAAUGUAGCAUGAACUUUAUAAAAAAAAAAAAAAAAGAGUAAGAAGGCUCUUAUUUUUUAAACUUUUUUUUUUAUUUAAACACGUGAAACAGUAAUUGUUACUAUAUCUAAUGAGUAUAUCAGUAUUAAACAUACACACACACUAUAUAUAUAUAUAUGUAUAUAUAUGUGUGUGUGUGUGUGUGUGUCCAUUCUAUCCUGAACAGAAGGAUCUAGAAAACAGUGUCUUGCUUGUGCAAUAAGACGAAUUUGCCUUGAACCCGUUUCGUUCCAUGUGAAUUAUCCCUGCUGUAUUUUGCGUUCCUGACUGCAUCGGGGCAUUUAGCAUGGAGUCAGAUGUUCCUUAUCCAGUAAUAUUAACUCCUUGUUAUUCCUGUUCUAUAAGAAAGAUUCCACGAUAGUAUUAUAUAUUUUCCUUUCAGGCAGGACACACUAUAGCAUUUAGCACGGCGAGUGUGUACGAGAAACUCCCAGUGCUCGAUAGCUGAUUAAAAACAAGCUGCCUAGCUUGACUAUAGUAUUCAUAACCUGUCCUUCUUCACCUUUAGGAAACUUCGUAGCUGCUUCUGUGCCUUUUUUCCCGUUGUCGGACAUCUCCUUUCCGUGGAACGAGCUUUGGAUGAUUUUUUUUUUUUACAGCAUGAUAAUCCAAAUCCAGUCUUCCAUCCCAGAAAAGUUUUUAGCUACCACAGGGCUACCAGACAGAUGCAUUAUUAUCUCACCAAUGUGCUGUUCAGUGGUCAUUAACGUGUACACUGCUGUUAUUUAGAGAUUAUCGGAUCUGUGUUGCCGUGAUGUAAAUAAGCUCAUUUCUGUCAUGUGUUUAACGUUUAUUCGUCACGAUUUGACGAGUAAUAUCUGUAAAGUCCAUGUGUAUAUCUGCUUGGUAGGGUUAAUAGAAUAGAAUAAAGUUUAUGUGGCCUGUUUUAUUUAUUGUAAAAAAAAAAAAAAAUUCUGAAAUGUAGAGCUUAUCAGAAAAAAAAUUAAAACAUUGAAUUUUAUUUCCAUAACUGAUGUGUACCGAUGUAUCUUUUUUUAUUAUUUAAAUGUUUUUUUUUUUUUAA